AUGGCUAAUGAGGCCAAUGCACAGUGCGAUGCUCUCGUGGCGGCCGGCUUAGGGUCACUGGUCCUCUUUCCCUCGGACUCGGCAUAUGCCGCACGUGAGGCGUCCUACUGGGCGGCGAAUGCCCGCCUAGGCCCGACAUGUAUCGUGCAGCCCAAGACCACGGCAGAUGUUUCCAAGGUGCUCCUGGUCCUCUCAAUCGCGCCUGGGAACUUCGCCGUCCGCAGCGGUGGUCACUCUCAAUGGGCCGGAGGCAGCGACAUCCAUGACGGCGUCACCAUCGAUCUCGGCGCCAUGAGAAAUGCUAGUUAUGAUGCCACCACCCAACUGGUGUCGGUUCAACCCGGCCUCUCCUGGGUGGACGUGUACGAAGAGGUAGAAAAGUACGGGCGCGGUGUCACCGGUGGGCGUGAGUCCACCGUCGGCAUUGCUGGGUUCUUGACCGGUGGCGGCAACUCUUAUUUCACCGGACGGUAUGGCUUCGGAUGCGAUGAGGUCGCCAACUUUGAGGUUGUCUUGGCCACUGGCCAGGUGGUCAAUGCCAAUAAAAAGACCAACCCGGAUCUCUGGAAGGCAUUGAAGGGUGGCAGUGGAAAUUUCGGUAUCGUCACCCGCUUCGACCUCAACACCUUCCCGUCGACGGACGUCUGGGGAGGAAUGUCCAUCUAUAACAGCAGCGCCACGGAACCGCUCAUCAAGGCACUAGUCGACUUCACUAGCAACAACAAGAACUAUCCCCAAGACGCACACAUUCUCAUUUACCAAUACGACCCUACCGCCGGCUCCGACAUCAUUGUCGCCACCUCGAUUGUGGACACCUACGGCGUUGUUAACGCCCCUGCCUUUGCAGAGAUUCAGGCAGUACAGCCGCUCGUUGCUGACUUGGAAGUGCGAACCAUGAGCAAUCUCGCGUCCGCGUUUGUGCUACCUGCCAAUCAGCGAAACAUCUGGUUCACCCUCACGUUCAAGAACGAUGCCGCAGUGGUCCAGAAGGUGGUUGAUCUCCACGAGCAGCUGGUUGCGGAUCUGAAAGCCGCGCUUCCUGCCAGCGACUUUGCAACGCGAUGUCUUUUCCAGCCUCUGCCGGCCUUUUUCGCCGAUCGCUCGGUUGCUCAAGGCGGAAACGUCCUGGGCCUUGAUUCACAAAAGGAUGACAUGAUCCUGUGGCUGGGAAAUGGCGUGGUGUACUCCGAAGCCAAUCAGCCGUUGAUGCAGAGCAAGAUGGCCGCCUGGAGCUCGGCCAUCAGCUCUUUUGCGAAAGCGCAAGGCAAAGACGUCGGCUUCGUCUACCUCAACUACGCCGACGGCAGCCAAGACCCACUGUCGACCUAUGGAUCGGCCAACAUUGCCUUUAUCCGCAAGGUGGCGGCCAAGUACGACCCUCUGGCUGUGUUCCAGAGAAAGGUACCUGGAGGAUUCAAGAUCUCUCGAAUCUAA